AUGCUUCACAUACAGGUUGGGCCAAACUUCACGGGUGGAAUAUUCAACCGGGAUGGGAUGAGCAGUAAAGAGGAAUUAGCCUUCCGGUUUGCAAUUGAGAAACUGAAUGCCAAAAUUCGCAACGACCCGUCACAGAACAUGAGCAUGUUGACCUAUGACAUACAGCAUGUACGGGGCAAUGAUACAUUCGAUGCGACCAAGAAAGUGCAAAUAUGGUACUUCUUUCUGCACUUUACAAGUUUUUCUAGAUUAAAACCACUUCCUUGGGUCCCAAUGAUCCCCCAUUCGUUUCCCAUCUCCAUGGUCACCAUGGUCACCCCAUCCAGGCAUCCCUUUGAGUACCUCCUGAGUGUAUUCCCUGGUCUAGACCCAUCAUCCCCUAGAUCUAUCAUCCUCUACCAAGCCAACCACCUAGAAACCUACCUCUCAGUAUGUCAGCAGCUCGGUGUGGGCGUGGCCGCUGUGUUUGGCCCCACCUCCCUCCAGGACUCCCUGGCAGUUCAGUCUGUUUGUGACGUCAUGGAUAUCCCUCAUAUCCAGACCCACUGGGAGCCGAAACCUCACCUCCCUGGUCAGAGCACCAUAUACAUGCAUCCCUCCAAUGAUAUCGUCAGUAGAGCCAUCAGGGAUCUCGUUAAGGCCUUUCGAUGGAAGAAGAUAUCAAUCAUCUAUGAUGAUUUCAAUGGUCUGACGAGGUUAAAGGAUGUGUUAAUGGAAUCGAUGCACAGGGACAUAGAGUUGACCAUCUACUACACCAAGUCCAUGCCGUUUGGCACCAUGAUGAAGAGGAUCAAGAGUUCUGGAGCGAACCAUAUCAUCAUCGACUGCUCCAGGAAGUCUCUAAUCCAACUGCUGGAGAAGAUGAUGCAGCUUCAAAUGAUGAUGGAUUAUUACCACUACAUUAUUACACCACUGGACACGUUUUCCCUGGAUCUAACCCGGUACAGUGGUGACAUGGUGAACAUGACUGCUCUACAGUUGGUUGACAUGCAGGUCCCUGAGAAUAUGGAACUCUUAAGGGAGUAUAAGGAGUAUGCACUCAGGAACGGAGUCGGACCAGAAGAUGCAGGCAUGACGACAGAGGGCGUGAUCACAUUCGAUGGAGUCAAUCUCAUAUCCAAGGCUUUACACCAUGCUAACCGUCAGACCAGUAACUUGGCGGUCAAGGCACUCUCAUGUGAACGCAACCAGCCAUGGGAAACAGGACUUACACUUCACAAUGAUAUCGAAUCGACGGUGAUGAAAGGAUUAACAGGAGAUGUUGAAUUUGAGGAUGGAGAGAGAUCCAAUGUCGUCUUACACGUAACAUCUUUACAUGAAGAAGGGAUGCUUCAAGUCGGUAACUGGACAAGAGAACACGGCAUCGACAUGUACCCAGUUCUGUAUAAAUCUUCUGCAGCUUCCAGAGCAGGAAUUAACAGAACACUUGUCGUUACAACUGUACUGGAGAAGCCGUUUGUGAUGUUCAAGACCACCGAGGAUGGUCGUACACUGGAAGGCAAUGAUAAGUUUGAAGGUUUCUGUAUCGACCUCCUUCAUCAACUUUCACUCAAACUCGGUUUCGAUUACCGGAUCAAGCUGGUUGAAGAUGGUAACUACGGUGGGCAGAAGGAAGAUGGUUCGUUCGAUGGGAUGGUGGCCGAGCUUAUGGAAAGGAAAGCUGAUCUGGCCGUGGCACCUCUGACCAUCUCCUACGUCCGAGAGCAAGUGAUUGAUUUCUCGAAGCCCUUCAUGUACCUAGGAGUCUGCAUCCUAUACCGUGUCUCUGAACCUCAAAACCCCGGCGUCUUCUCGUUCUUGAACCCGCUCUCCUUCGAUAUCUGGAUGUACAUCAUCAUGGCUUACCUGACCGUGAGUCUCUCCUUCUUCAUGCUAGCCCGGUUCAGCCCGUACGAAUGGUACAACUCUCACCCCAUCAACCCCGAAUACGAUGCAGUCGAGAACCAGUUCACCUUGCUCAGUUGUCUCUGGUUCUCGUUUGGUGGUCUUAUGCAACAAGGAUCGGAGCUGAACCCGAAAGCGUUCUCCACCAGGGUCCUCAGUGGUUUCUGGUGGUUCUUCUCUCUUAUACUGGUAUCCUCCUACACCGCUAACCUGGCUGCUUUCCUCACAGUCGAGAGGAUGGUCUCACCUAUCACCAACGCGGAUGACCUAGCCAAGCAGACAACGAUAGAGUAUGGCACAAGAACGAGUGGGGCCACCAACACAUUUUUCAAACGGUCUACAAUACACACGUACAAGACCAUGUGGGAGUUUAUGAGUUCAAAGCCACACGUCUUCGUACAGACAUACAGGGAAGGCAUCGAUAGGGUUCUCAAUAACAAGAACUAUGCAUUCCUUAUGGAGUCAACCAUGGCUGAAUACGAGGUGUCGCAACACUGUAAAAACCUUACCAUCAUCGGUGGACUCAUGAACUCAAGGGGAUAUGGUGUAGGCACUCCAUUAGGCUCGAGAUACCGAGACCUUAUCACCAAAGCCAUCCUGAAACUCCAGGAAGAUGACGUCCUCCUAGAACUCAAGAAUAAGUGGUGGAAAUCUGGCCAGUGUGUGAGAGACGAUAACAGCAAAGAUGAUGCAAGCGAGUUAGGUCUGAAGAACAUAGGGGGUAUAUUCCUCGUGCUCGUCGCCGGACUCAUUCUCGGAGUCAUCACCGUGAUCGCAGAGUUCAUCUGGAAAUCAAAGCAAAACGCAGAAAUUGAUAAGAAAUCACUAUGUGCAGAGCUGAUGGCUGGGAUCCGAUUCGCUUUUAGAUGCAACGGUAAAAAGAAGGCGCCCCCUUCGAUGGAACAUAAAUAUAUUCCUUCAACGUAUCCUUCUGGAAUAAACGGACAAAUGAUACCCAUGACAGAAACAGUCGCAUAACCAGCAAACUAAUAGGUUUCAAUUAAACCAAUGCGACGUUCAUGGCCGUCGAAGGUGUCGAUGGUGAUGACGGUGUCCCUGCAGUCUUACGCUUUUCGUCAAAGUGAUUCUGAUUGAUUCUAGAAUGAAAAAAUGAAGAAAAAGUUUAAAGAUGGUAUCUGGGUACUGGUGUCACUUGAGAUCUACAUCAAUGGGAGUAUUGCGUGUUGCAUGGCUCCCCAAGGGCGUGGUUUUGUGGUAUAUUCAGCACUAAAGUCAAGUCAUCUUGAGCUAGUUUAAAGUAGAACAUAAACUGGCGCCCCGAAUUCUUUUGUUACGACACGGGCCGUGGAAGACAUCUAUCUGUGCUAUGGAGACCUUGCUGAAGAAGAGAAAUUAUAUUUUACAUUUAUAUAUAUAUACUUCCAUUCAAUGUGGGAAGGUUGAGAAAAACAUAUUUAAAUGUUAACUGAUAUUUUGAUGAAGUCACAGCACACUUUACCAUAACGCUCAAGGAACCUUGUAUAUUCACCAUUAUUUUGGUAAUCAUAAAGCAAUGCCAAAUUCACCUAUAUCAUAAAUGAAAUGAUUAUGUAUUACAUAUAAUCUGUGUAUGGUAUGGAAAGUGUGGGUUUCGUGAAUAUAUAUUAUGGACAGACAGUCCUUUGUUAUAGUUCUUCCAUUAUGACAUCAUAGUAGUGGCCAUGCUAUGCAACAGUUUAACUCGAGAAGCAUCCUGGUGAUGUAUACGUAAUCAUAAAUCAGCUCUACUGACGAGACUACACUAAUAAUGAUGACAGGGACGUUUAUCUAUGGUUCAAAGGUCGCGAUGUUGAAAUCUUGAUGUUUGAGUUUUAAUGUAACUUUGGACAGACAACAAAACGUACUUCAUUCAGGGUCAAACAUUCAAUGUGAUUCUUCUUUUGUUUCAUAUUUUUGAUUUGCCGGGAUAUUCUAUGUAUUAAUCUUGUACAUAUCGGUAUUUAUUAUUGUGUGUUUGUCAGCUAUUUGUUGGACACUAUUUACCUCCUUCAUACCUUCCUUGUAACGGGUAUCGGUGUUUUUACUCGUUUGCUCGUGGUACAUACAUUUACACAUUCGUAAAUUACGCAAAAUACGAGUACCAAAACUUUAGAGGGUAAUUAAAAACAGAAACAUCACGUACAUGUAGGAUUGCUAAAUUAUAAAUCAUUUUCAUCAUUUAACUUUAGGCCGCAAAUGUAAGUUUGCUUUCAUUAACCAAAUUGCGCAGGUUUAUGACCUGUUUAUGUGGUUGAACAGCUUGAUUUUAAAAGACAUUGAUAUCGACUUAAAAAUACUGUAUGUGUUGUCUAGAGUAAUAUUCACAUCUCCUUUCGUGGUAUCCCACACUACGACAAAAACAAGCACAAAACAAAAACAACUAUAUAGAACCUAGAAUCAUGUGUCAUGUUGCUAUUUAUGAACUCAAAGUUGUCCUCUUCGUCUCGGUCUCUGACCCUAUAUAGUUCAGGACUUGCAAACUGCUAUGUUUCAAGUAAUAGUUAAGUACCUGACAAGUAAUAUCUAUUAACAUUAACAAAAAUGGAUAUCGCGAAGUGUUUGCAACAGGGUGAUCAGAAAGCUGUAAAUUAUUGUAUUAUCUCUUAUUAUACAGGUGUUCUAAUCCUGUCCGUUUAUGUGGGCUGAUGCAAGUCUCAUGUGCUUUCAUACUAUUUUAUAGUUCCAUUUUAAGGAUGUAAUCUAUUUGUGUGAUAUCAAUAAUAAUAUGUGUUCACUUACUAGUUUACGAGUGCACAGUCCUUGUACUUCCUGUACUAUGACGUGUCGUAUAUAGAGGCGUUAAUGUUUACCUCACGUCUAUUCACAUACGUACUAUACAUAUAUGUUGAAAUGUAAAUCUAGGGAGAAAGGACUUGAAUACAAAAAAAAUAUGAGAGAGCCAUUAUUCAACAGCACAGCGGUUAUAUUGCAAUUCCCAUUACCACGUCACAUUUUGAAAUGGGUGUAAUCAACAAAAGCUUAGACCAACCUAGAAAUAAAUGAUGACCAAUUUCCGCACCUUUUAAAAACAAUCAUUUUUUUUCGUUUAAUCGCAAUCAUGAUCAUAAGCAAUUCCUAUUUGCUAUAAAGUAUAACAUGAUGAAGAAUGAUGCUGACUGUGCUAAUGUGUAUCACUUUAUAAAUAAUCUUGAUACUUCAUGGGAAUAAUCGUUGAUAACAUGUUAAUCGAAUUAGUGAUUGAUAUGAGUUGGGCAUGGUUUUGCUAAUAUGAAAUGCGAGUAUGAAUAAUUUAUAUUAAUACAUGUAUUUUUAAACUCUAUUAAUAUCAAUUCAUUGUAAACUUACACAAUAAUGAUAACCUAAUACACCUUGUUGAAAUUUGAUAUUAUAAGAACACUCUUGGUCUUUUGUGGUCAAAAUAUUUGUCAUCAUUUGUUCGCCAGAUUUUUAUUGAAUUUUAUCCGUUUAUGAAUCUGUUGAUUUAUAAAAAGAUUGAUGGAUAUAUAAACAUUACUUCAUUUGAAGUUUUACUUAUUCUAGUAAUCAUGAUUAUGAAUAAAAAAAAACUCCCAUACUCCUACUUUUCUUUUAUAACUGACAAAGACAAAAUAUGAAAAGUACUAUGUAUAUGAAGUACAUGUAAGAUAUGGACAUUUGUGUUUAAAAAGAAAAAUGAUUAGAAUCGCCAUUUCAUCAUGCUCUGAAAGAACACAUACAUUCUGCACUGUAAUAUAUUUAAGAACAUCUACAUGAAAUUUGUGUUCAAAUCACUAAUAUACAUGAUUAGCGUAAAAAGUUAUCAAAACUUGGUACCGUAAGCAAUAAUAAAGUUAAAUUGGCAAUAGCAUGACAUAUCACUGAUGCCACAUUGUAAAAUCGAUUCAAUAGUUGCAAAUCAAGGCAUAAUUAUCAAAAUAUAUUCAUUAAUGUCAUGCGUUAUCUGUCUUAUAUCUUUUUAACAUAAAACAAUUAAAGCGUUAGCAUUUGAGCGUUUCUGUGACGUCGGCAUCGUUAUGUAUUUGGGCUACACCUUAUAAACCCAUUACAAGUUGUAAUAUUUGUUUUUUCCUGUGUGUAUAUCAAAUGCUGACAUGCCACUGUGUGAUGCUUAAUGAUCAAUGCUUAACUUCUUUCGAUUUGUGUUUUCUUCAUUUUUAUAUUUUCGUCUUGUGUUCUGUUUGACCUGUUACAAUUUUAUAUAUACUUAUUUUCUAUUUUGCAACAUAUUGGUAUAGCCGUUUGUGGACAUAGGGCUUGUAAUAGUUUUAGAGUGAUUAAAAAAAAAUGUGCAUUUUUUUCCUUCUUCCUCUACAAAGGCUUAUUGAAAUCAUGGAAAAUUUAUAUUUACAGCAAUUUACAAUUUCUUGAAACUAAAUUUGUGUCAAACUGACAGGUUCAGUAUAAAGUGUGCGACAUUAAAAGUCAAACACAAUAAAAAAAAGUGAUUCGUUGAACCGAUUCAAAAGUAAAACAAAGUUAUUUAUAAUGCAUCUGUACAAAAAACUAUUUGAUUUCAUUUGUAUCCUUUCGCCGGUAGUAUAUACUUUUGUUCUGAAACAUAAAAAAAUAUGUAGAUAUUGAUAAUCAGUAUAUUCAUCAUUAUGAUGCACAUACAUGUUUAACAAAGGUGUAUUUCAGUGAGAAAUGAUGGUCAAAAUACCCAUGUGAUCAUAUUACUCGGGCCACACACGUAAGUUAUCAUGUACAUAGAAAACUGUUAUUGAAAUGAUAGGUAAUAGGUAAGUCCAAUGAUGAUGACAAAAACUUUACUUAUUGGUUGUGAUUAGUAAAAGCAUCUCUUCAAAUCCUUUGAUUUUGUUGAAGGAAACUAGCUUAUACUAGCGAAUUUAACUUGUGUAGAUUAUAGGACAACGUGGUUCUAAUAGUAUGAUUAUUUCUAUUGUAUUUCCACAAUAUUCUUUUAGACAGACAAAUAUUAUCCUCAUUCAAUAAAAAUUGCUAAUUUAUAUAAAA